ACUGGUAUUUCUUCGGACACUGAGACACAGAGAGAAACUCUUUCUCUCCUCCCCCUCCCCCGCCCCCCCCCCUCCCCCCUAAUUCUCCCAUCUCUCUCUCUCUUCCUCUCUCAUUUCUGAUCCCUGCAAAUUCAAGAAAGCUCCCUGCAUUCUUCUCUCUCUCUUCCUCAGGGUCUUUCUUUUUUGCAGUUAUUUCUUCACCUUCGCAGGUACCCUCCCCCCCCCCCCCCCCUCCUUUUUCUUGUUUUCUUAACCUCAACAUGGAGAGAAUACAUAUUGAGUGAAUAGCUUCUUUUAGGAGAUGCCUUUCUGGCCUUUUCUUCUUUGUUUUCGUGAAAAUAUGCUGCCCCUUUUUCUUCUUUGCUUUUUUUUUUUCCUGUAAAUGAAUUUUCUUCUUGAAGAAUUAUUAUGUAUUUUGUUUUCUGAUUUUUAUGUUUGUUAUAUUCAAAAUGCUGGCAAAAUUAGCUGUAUUUUAGCUGAAGUCUUUUCUUGAUUUCCCUUCAAAGAAAGUUUUUAUUCAAAAAUGAGAACUUGAAUGUUUAUAGAAUCAAAAUAGAAAUGAUUUUUUGAUUUGAUCAUUUCUUAGAUUCUGUUGAAUUGUUACGUUAUAAAAUUUUUCCUUUUUUUACGUUAAUUUAAGUUUUAACUCAUUAGAUUUGUCUAUAUAUUACAACCUUUUUUAAUAUUUAUUUUUUUAUUGACUUUUCUUGAUAAGUGGAAAGGAAAAAUGUCAUUAAAUAGUUAUCAAAUAAGGAAAGGUUCUUUUUAUAGAAAAGGUGACAUUCUGUUUUUUUGGAUGGGAAAAAAAGGAAAUGUGGACAUUGAAUGAGAUGGAGGGAGUAAGUCAUAUAAUAUCUUGAAUGAUGGAGAAGAAGAGAAAGUUCGAGUAAAAAUUAAAUCAUUAUGAGAUAUGUAGGAGCCUUUACCCGAAUUUUUUCAAGACUUUUUUUUUUUUUUCAAGAAACUUGGAUCGUGAUGUUAUCAAUUAGAUGAAAAAAUGUUUGUACAUUUGAGGUUAAUGUAUCACCCUUUGUGUUACAGCAGGCAUGGCCUAAUUCCUUUGGGGCAUUCCACUUCAAAUGAAAACAGGAUGGCCUCCAACUGUCUUGUUGAAUUCAAGCAAUAGCUGAUUAUUUUUUGUUUUUGCAAAGUUGUAAUGUGGUGAUGCAAUUGAUUAAGGCAUUGCUUGAGAGGGAAAUAAAGAAUGGCGCGAGGCAGGAUAAGGGCGAAAAUACGAAGGAGCAGUUUGCAUACAUUUGCUUGUUAUCGGUCCCGUACCAGGGAAGAUGGCCCUCAUCAAUUAGGCCCUGGAUAUUCACGAGAAGUACAUUGUAAUGAGCCUGAAAUCCAUGAAAAGAAACCUCUCAAGUAUUGCAGCAAUUACAUAUCCACAACAAAGUAUAAUAUCAUCACAUUCUUGCCAAAGGCGUUAUUCGAGCAGUUUAGGCGUGUUGCUAACUUGUAUUUUCUCAUGGCUGCAAUUGUGUCAGCUACGACAAACCUUUCACCAUUCUCAGGUUUCAGUAUGAUAGCUCCUUUGGUCUUUGUGGUUGGAUUGAGUAUGGCGAAGGAAGCUUUAGAAGACUCGCGGAGGUUUGUACAAGAUAUGAAAGUCAAUCAUAGGAAAGUUGGUGUCCACAAGGAAGAUGGUGUGUUUGGUUCUAAGUCAUGGAUGAAGAUUCAGGUUGGGGACAUAAUUAAAGUGGAAAAGGAUAAGUUUUUCCCGGCUGAUUUACUUCUUUUGUCUUCUAGUUAUGAAGAUGGAAUCUGUUAUGUGGAAACUAUGAAUUUGGAUGGAGAAACAAACUUGAAGGUAAAACGUGCUUUGGAAGUUACUCUACCUUUGGAGGAUGAUGAGGCUUUCAAGCAAUUCAGUGCAACCAUAAAAUGUGAAGAUCCUAAUCCUAACCUUUACACUUUCGUGGGAAAUCUUGAAUAUGAUCGUCAGGUUUAUCCUCUCGAUCCUAGUCAGAUUCUCCUUAGGGAUUCAAAGCUUAGGAAUACAGCUUAUGUCUAUGGAGUUGCUAUAUUUACUGGUCAUGAUAGCAAAGUUAUGCAGAAUUCUACAAAUUCUCCUUCUAAAAGGAGUAGGAUUGAACUGCAGAUGGACAAGAUCAUUUACCUUCUUUUCAUUGUCCUACUUUUUAUCUCAUUUGCUAGUUCAAUUGGUUUUGCCGUAGAUGCAAAACUCGAAUUGCCAAACUGGUGGUAUUUGCAACCUAUGAACAAAGUGAAUAAUGUGGUUGAUCCAAAUAAGCCUGAGAAGUCAAGCAUUUUGCAUCUGGUCACUGCACUUAUAUUAUAUGGAUAUCUAAUUCCUAUAUCUCUCUAUGUCUCCAUUGAAGUUGUGAAGGUCCUACAGGCAUUGUUCAUAAACCAGGAUAUCAGUAUGUACGAUGAUGAGUCCGGAACUCCUGCUCAGGCACGAACAUCAAACUUAAAUGAGGAGUUGGGGCAGAUUGAUACCAUCCUCUCAGACAAAACUGGUACUUUGACAUGCAACCAAAUGGAUUUCUUAAAAUGUUCGAUUGCUGGUACUGCAUAUGGAAUGCGUGCUAGUGAUGUAGAACUUGCAGCUGCAAAGCAGAUGGCUGAGGACCUUGGUGGGCAUGAUCUUGAAAUGCCGAGACCUGAAAAUGAGAAUGAUUUUCAUGGAUCAGAAAUUGAAUUAGAGUCUGUCAUCACUUCUCAAGACGAUUUUAAACCUGCAAUUAAGGGUUUCAGCUUUGAAGAUGAUCGCCUUAUGAAUGGAAAUUGGCUGAAAGAGCCAAAUGCAGAUGUCAUCUUGUUAUUUUUUAGGAUACUUUCAGUUUGUCAUUCUGCUAUUCCUGAGCUAAACGAGGAGACUGGAAACUUCCAAUAUGAAGCAGAGUCACCAGAUGAAGGAGCAUUUCUUGUUGCAGCAAGGGAAUUUGGCUUCGAGUUUUGUACAAGAACUCAAUCAAGCAUUUUUGUACGGGAGAGAUAUCCUUCUUUUCAAGAGCCAAUUGAACGGGAGUUCAAAGUUCUCAAUCUAUUAGAGUUCACCAGCAAGCGCAAGAGAAUGUCUGUUAUAGUUCGGGAUGCGAGUGGCCAGCUUCUUCUCUUGUGUAAAGGAGCAGACAGCAUCAUCUAUGAUAGACUAUCAAAGAAUGGACGGAAGUUUGAGGAAGCUAUGACAAAGCAUUUAAAUGAAUAUGGGGAAGCAGGGUUGCGUACACUUGUGCUUGCCUACAAAAAGCUUGACGAGGCAGAGUAUUCAGCCUGGAAUGAAGAGUUUACGAAAGCAAAAUCUACCAUUGGCGGUGAUAGAGAUGCCAUGCUUGAAAAAGUAUCUGAUACUAUGGAACGGGACUUGAUCCUUGUUGGUGCAACUGCUGUGGAGGAUAAACUACAGAAGGGAGUUCCUCAGUGCAUAGACAAACUGGCGCAAGCUGGUCUCAAGAUCUGGGUACUGACAGGUGAUAAGAUGGAAACAGCCAUCAAUAUUGGCUAUGCCUGUAGUUUGCUUCGACAAGGAAUGAAACAAAUAUGCAUAACGACAAUGAAUCCAGACUCAGUGGCCCAAGAAUCUAAACAGGCUAUGAAGGAGAACGUGUUGAAGCAAAUCACAAAUGGUUCUCAAAUGAUUGAAUGUGAAAAGGAUCCUCAUGCUGCAUUUGCCUUGAUUAUUGAUGGGAAAACUCUAGCUUAUGCUUUGGAGAAUGAUAUGAAGCAUCAAUUUUUGAGUUUAGCAGUUAAUUGUUCUUCUGUCAUCUGCUGUCGUGUAUCUCCUAAGCAGAAGGCCUUGGUUACUAGGUUAGUAAAGGUGGGAACUGGAAAGAUCACCUUAGGAAUUGGUGAUGGUGCAAAUGAUGUUGGGAUGAUUCAAGAAGCGGACAUCGGUGUUGGUAUCAGUGGUGCAGAAGGAAUGCAGGCUGUGAUGGCAAGUGACUUUUCUAUCGCUCAAUUCCGGUACCUGGAGAGACUUCUUGUGGUACAUGGGCAUUGGUGCUACAAACGAAUAGCUCAGAUGAUAUGUUAUUUCUUCUACAAAAACAUCUGUUUUGGCCUUACACUCUUUUACUUUGAGGCAUUUGCUGGCUUUUCGGGGCAGUCUGUCUAUGAUGAUUCAUAUAUGAUGCUGUUCAACGUCAUUCUUACGUCAUUACCUGUAAUUGCACUUGGAGUAUUCGAGCAGGAUGUGCCUUCUGAUGUUUGCUUAAAGUUUCCAGCACUGUACCAACAAGGGACCAAAAACUUGUUCUUUGACUGGUAUAGAAUACUCGGGUGGCUUGGCAAUGGUAUCUACACGUCCCUCAUUAUUUUCUUCCUCAACAUUAUCAUCUUUUACGAUCAAGCCUUCCAAUCUGGAGGCCAGACUGCUGACUUGACUGCUCUGGGUACUACAAUGUUUACCUGUGUCAUAUGGGCUGUCAACUGCCAGAUUGCGCUUACGAUGAGCCAUUUCACAUGGAUACAACAUAUUCUUAUUUGGGGAAGCAUUGCUACUUGGUACAUAGUUCUCUUGAUAUACGGCAGGAUUGCACCAAUCUAUUCUAAGUACGCCUUCCGAAUACUGGAGGAAGCUCUAGCUCCUGCUCCAAUCUAUUGGUGUACCACUCUUUUAGUAACUUUGAUGUGCAUUCUGCCAUACUUUGCGCACAUAGCAUAUCAAAGAUCACUUAGUCCGAUGGAUCAUCACAUCAUUCAAGAAAUCAAAUAUUAUAGGAAAGACGAGAAAGAUCGUCAUAUGUGGAAGAGAGAGGGAUCUAAAGCAAGGCAAAAGACCAAGAUUGGGUUCACAGCCAGAGUAGAUGCGAAAAUUCGACAGUUGAAAGGGAGACUACAUAAAAAGAAAGUAUAACUGUGCAAAGGUUGAUUUCUUUUACCAAUUUUUUUUGGGAUUGGUUUCCCUUUGAUAUACACUUUACAGACAUUAGGGGUUAGGCCACUUACAGUUUUUUCUUCUCUGCUCUAUUUGUAACUCAUUUGUAAAAUUCUUUUUGUCCCAGUAUAUAGAGCAAUCAAAUGAGGUCAUUCAUUGGUUCCCUAGUACUGUGGCAUGAUGCUGUGUUGUACAAUAUUUGCACGAUUUACUAAUAGUUAGGGAAGGAAACUAAUACAUAUAAUUCUGUUA